AUGCUACAUCCACUCUUAUUAACUCUAGAAUCAUUUUUGCCAACACUGAUAAUUUCAGAAGGUUCAUUACCUGCCAUUGUACAUCCCACCACAGCUAUGCAUUUGUUCAAAAAGAUUUCCCAUCAAAAAGCGACGCCACGUCUUCUUGCUCGUGAAUCACAAGAUCAUAAAGACGACCAUCCCGCGUCAAGUAGAGAUAGUGAUGCAAUAAAACCUAGCACUGGCGAGGAAGCUGAUGAUGGUCCAAAGCGCUUUAUACAUCUUCCUAAUGAACUGCAGAUGACAAUUUUACAAUAUUUGUCAUAUGACGACAUUGCCAAAAUAAGGAGGACUUGCAAAUUACUGAACACACUAUGCUCCUAUUUGCUUAAUAGAGGUUUUCAACAGUUAGGAAUUGAUAUAGAUAGGGAGAAGUUGCGAAUCAAAAGAGAAUUACCCAGAAGAGAAUCAAUGAGGAGGUCUCACCGACUUUCAAGACUUAAUGAUGCCUACGCCGGUUUGGAUACACGAUUUUCCAUCAUGGCCAUGACCUAUAGAAAAUUCAUUGAUAUGAAGGUCACCUGUUUCAUACCAGGAAAGGUCCUCGACGAAUUCUUCCGGAUAAUUGAUAUUCUAAAAGAAAGAGGAACGCUGGCUAUAGACAUCCAUGAGCUUCUAAAAGAUUUGAGGGACUUGUCCAGCAUGGCAAUGGAACAUUUUCGAGGAGCAUGUGCACCUUCGCUCAGCACUAGUACAACUGGGUCCCUGUCCUCGACGUACUUCAUGUCCGUACAUCCAUUACUUCGCCCUUCAAUACAGACGCCAUCGUCACUGAGAGACGUGGACAGCUGUGAGUGGCGCAAAAACGUUACGGAUAAAUUGGCCCAGCAAGACAAAAUCAUUCGUAAACAAAGUGCUGAGAUAAUAUCCCUCAAAUCUUGUAUACGACAACUGGUUCUGGUGUGCACACAGGCAUGUCAAGUGAGCACGCAGGAACCUUCAACUUCUAGCAGUGAUGUGAGAGGAGAUUCACUUAGGAGAUGUUACAAGCGAAUCCACGGAAGACAACACUCACAUGAAUCCUGCGCAAGGAAAAGGCCAAGGUCCGAUGACUCCGCAGAUGAAGAUCGAACGCUUGAAAGGCUGGUCUAG